AAUUUAAAAAACCUCAAAUUUCAAAAUGGCGGACAUCAGCGACGUGAAGUUGCGGAGAAAGAUAAAAGACAUCUUGAAAGAUGCGGAUCUGUCCACAUUGUCUGCAAAGAAAGUGCGCCUUGAAUUGCAGGAGGCAUUUGAUAUUGAUUUGUCGGAUAGGAAGAAGGAGAUAGACAAAAUGACAAUGACUUUGAUAAUGGAAAUGGAAGAACAGAAGAAAAAAGAGGAAAAAGAAGAUAGUGAGGAGGAAGAAGAACAAAAUGGACAGAACCAAUCAGGAUCAGACAUUGAAGAGGAGGAAGAACCACCUAAGAAAAAGACCAAGACGAAAGAAAAACCUGCAAAGAAAAAGGAGAAAAAGAAAAAAAGAGAAGAGGAUGAUGAUGUUGAUGAUGAUGAUCUUGCACCACUAGAAAAUGAUGAUCUCAAUGCAUAUGAUGAAGAACAAAAGACGUUGAAGUUGUCAGAUGAAGAGUUGGCAAAGAGAUUACAGUCAUUUGAAGAAACGGGUAGAAGAACACGUGGAAAAGCUACUCCGAGAAAGAAAGAAAAAAAGAAGGGAGGUGGUGGUGGCGGAAACAGUGUAUAUUCUCGACCAUGUUUGUUGUCCCCAGAGUUAGCUGGAGUGAUGGGUACAGACAAGUUGGCAAGAAAUGAAAUUGUGAAGAAAAUGUGGGAAAUUGUUAAGGAAAGAAAACUUCAGGACCCUAAAGACAAGAGAUUUAUGUUAUGUGAUGAACAGCUUCAAAAAGUGUUUGGCAGAAAACGUGUUCAGACAUUUGGUAUGAUGAAGUAUUUGUCAUCACAUAUAAGGGACGAGAGUUCAUCGCUAGAAGCAGUGAUUACAAACAGUGAUAUAUAUGAUGAUGAAGCAGAUGAUGACUAGAUACAGUUUAACUUUGGUAUCAAAGACUCAAAUAUGGUGCAAAAUGGAUAGUUGAGGACAUUGGAGGAUAUAUAUACGUGUCUGUAUUUUAGACAAAGUGACACAUCAGUUAUAUAUAAGUACAAAGACCAAUUGAACAUUUUAUAUUUCAUGUAUAAGAAAUAUGUCAUUGGACAAAUUUUGUGUAACAAAAAUACAUUAUCGUAGUGACAUAUUUUGUGUAAUAAAUGAACACCAUGGCAUAUUUUCAGUUACUGACAUUACAACUUGACAAGUGUUUCAAAGUAUGUGAGAGUUUUGAUUAGAGUGGUUAGUAUCUCCCAUCCUAGAAGUGUGGAGAAAGAGAAAGAAUUUAUAGGUUAUUGUGGAACACAUACAGAGUUCCAAUCAUUCCUGGUAAAAUCUUGCCUAUUUAUAGUCAAAAUCCAUCAUUGUCUUCAUUUUCCAUAUUUUCUGUCUAAAAAUUGACCACUAUAUUUGUUCUGUUUCUGUCUUCCUAUUUUCACAGCAAUCAUACUGUCAACUAGAUAUUCUAAUUUCAGCUGUAUUGAAAUAUUGUAUUUGUCAGUACUUGUUUCAAUUAUAUACCAUGACUUUCUCUUCUUAUGCUUACAAAAAGUCGUAAGAGAUACAGUCAUAUGGUCAAAACCCCAUUUGAAACAAUCUUCAAACUGUAUUAAUUUCAUUUUCAAAUAUGGGCUUAACAUAAAUAUAUGUGUACGAAGUCUUUCUGAGUUUGGAUGGGGCGGGUCUAUUGAUUCUGGUCAUAUAUCAUUUAUUUCCACUUCUAAAUGAAAAAUGAGGGUUAGAUGGGCAAUAAUAUAGUGGUUUAAAGUUUUACCAUGCCUUGGAAAUGUUUACAGUUAGUUCCUCUUGCUGUUUCAGUCAACUUUCUAACAUGGAAAAGGUUUAAAGUUAGGUCCUCUAGCUCAGACAGUCAACAUUCUGGUCUGGUAGUUCAUCUAGCUCUUAUUUCUUAUGAUAUUACUUACAGAACAUCAGUGUUUAGUAAAAUCUCUGUUACGUUAAGGGUAUUGGCCUUUGUAUUUAUUCAGCGGAUCUAAUAUCCUUAGGAAAGAAAUGUUCAUAGUACAGUUACAUAUUAUGAUAAUCUCAUAGAUUUUCAUGCAUAUUCCAUUGUAUUACCUUCGUAUUUCUUCAUUUUGUUUCUUCAUUUUGUUAAUCUUGAAGUUUGCUAUUUUUGUAUAUUUGCAGGUGUUUUAUACUUCUAUGUGAAACUUCAAGUUUCUUCACUUAUUUUUUUAUACGCUCAUAAAGACUAGAUUGUCAGGAAGGGGCCAUUUUUGUUUGCCUUUGUCAUAUAUGUUUGUUAACAAGAGAGAGUCUGUUUUCAGUCUAUUUUUGCAUUGUUAGGCAAAGAGAUUGAAGGUCGCAAUUAACAUUUUAGGUACAAAUUCAGGUUGUGAUGACAACAUGCCUCCUAUUUGAUAUUAAUCAUUGUUUAAAGUUAUGUAGCAUUAUGAUCUGAAAUUUGUUUUUGACAGAUUUCAAGUUUUGAAUUUGAUAAAACAGUUAAAUAGUUGACAGGUAAUGUUUUGAUACUAUUUCAGUGAUAUACCAUGUAUGUUCAGUUCUUGUUUUAGAUAUACCUAUGUAUUUACUGACGAUGACCACAUGUAAACUGUUAUUUUUACCAUCAGCAAACUUCACAUUAUUUUUGCAAUAUUAUUUCAGUUUUCAACAAAUGUAGAUUUUUGAGCUUCUGCUUGGUAUAUAUAUAAAACUAUCACUUUAUUCCACAUUAUUGUAGAAGCAAUUUGUUAAAAUGUUAACAUGUUUUUUUGUUUCUUAUGUUCAUUUUACUAGUGUCAUAUCAUUCAGAUACAGAACAGCUGUAUAUAUUACUUAAGUCAGUAAUAAAGAGAAAGAAGAACAAA